GUAUUCGUUGUAUACACCCACAAUCGUAUAUAUAGUCGGUAGACCACGUUCAAUAAUCAUCAUUCAAUCGAGCAUUGUCCAGCCGUCUACAUUCAAAAUGAUGAAAAUCGCAACAGCUCUUGCUAUAUUGGUGGCCGUAGCACUUGUCAGUGCUGACGCGUCCAAAGAUGACAAGAAAACGGCCAAAAAAGAAAAAAGAUUCGCUAGUAACUUUGAAUACGGACUGUCUGGUCUGGGCUCUGGUCUGGGCUACAGUUCCGGUCUAGGCUACGGCUCCGGUCUGGGAUACGGCUCCGGUCUGGGAUACGGCUCCGGUCUGGGAUACGGCUCCGGUUUAGGCUACAGCUCUGGUUUGAAAUACGGUUCCGGUUUCGGCUACGGCUCCGGUUUAGGAUAUAGCUCUGGUUUAGGAUACAGCUCCGGUCUGGGAUACGGUUCUGGCUUGGGCUACAGCUCAGCCUUGAAAUAUGGUUCUGGUCUAGGACUAUCAUCCGGCUUAGGAUACUCCAGUGAUGCUAUCGUCACCUCUGCCGCAGCCCCAGCUCCGACUACCGGCCCCCUCGUACCGAUCUCCAAGGAAGUGCACAUCAUCAAUCGUCAUGCCCAACCAGUGUCCGCCCCGUAUCCAGUGCCAGUUCAACACGACGUGCCCGUCGCCGUACCACACCCCGUACCCUACGCAGUCGACAGCCCUUACCCAGUCAAAGUACCUGCCCCAUAUCCAGUGCCGGUUGAAAGACCAGUCCCAUACGCAGUCGAUAGGCCAGUCCCUCAUCCAGUAGCUUCACCAUAUCCAGUUCCAGUAGUCCAUGACGUUCCCGUACCUGUGUCCAAACCAUACGCUGUUCCAGUAGUCAAACAAGUUCCAGUGCCGGUAGCCAGCCCAGUCGUCGUACACCAACCUACUCCACUGAUCGCAUCCAGCUACAGCUCUGGACUUGAAACGUCUGCCAUCGGUGCCAGUUACGGUUCUGGUUACGGUUACGGUUCCAGUUACGGAUUAUCAUCCUACGGAUCUGGAAGCCACUACAGUGGAUCAUUGGGAUACAGCAGUGGAGAUCUUUCUCUACACGGUCAUGGACACAGUUUCGACUACAAAAAGUAGAGCUCUCAAACGUAACUCCAACUCAGCCAACAAUGAAUCUACUAAACUUUUAUUUUAUACCAUGUAUAUUUUUAUAGACAAUUUUUCUUUUUAUAAUUGAAAUAUUGU